AUGGGCUUUCUAAGGGAACACGUGAACCCGGCCCAACUCAUCGGCCACGCCUCCGAGCUUGGCGGCCGCGCCGUCGGCACUUCCUUCCUCAGAUGGGUGGCCUCCUUCGCCGCCAUCUACUUGUUGAUCUUGGACCGGACAAACUGGAGAACAAAUAUGCUGACCUCACUUCUCAUCCCUUACAUCUUCUUCAGUUUUCCCCACGUCCUGUUCCACUUUCUUAGGGGAGAAGUCGGUAAAUGGAUUGCAUUUGUUGCUGUUGUGCUUAGGCUUUUCUUCCCCAGACAUUUCCCAGACUGGCUGGACAUGCCGGGUUCGUUGAUUCUUCUGCUGGUGGUUUCGCCCGAUUUUUUUGCCCACACGGUGAGAGACCACUGGGUUGGGGUGGCAAUUUGUCUUGCCGUAGGUUGUUAUUUACUGCAGGAGCAUAUCCGAGCAUCUGGAGGCUUCCGGAACUCCUUCACGCAGAGCCAUGGUAUCUCGAACACGCUCGGGAUUGUCUUCCUGCUGGUGUUCCCCAUUUGGGCCUUACUGAACCACGUUAUCUAG